GCACCGCUCACGGUUUUCACUCACUGCGGACCGAACCCGAACGACCCCCGGUGAAUCGCGCGGUUGAUCCAAAAAGGCAGCCCUAGUAGCCAACCAGUGCCAGUGUGCUUUCAGUGUGAUUCAGUGCCUCAACAACGUCUUCGCCAGCAUCACGCUCUCCAAGAGGAGACAGAACGAUACGCUUGGAGACGGCGACGCUCCUUUCAGCAAAGAAAAGGAUAUUUUCCAUCUCGAACCAACGACCAGUGUGUGAACGGUUAAAACGCCCCACAGCUACCGAGUGAAUGUGUGAUUAAGUGUUCGGUGAUCGCAAAGAUUGCGGGAUUCCGGGAGGUUUUUUUUUUUUUCUUUUGAAGAUUUGAACCAUAGAAAAUAAGAACAACCAGACUGGGAAGAUCGACGAGAAGUUUGGUUCGUGGAUUUUUUUUCCCGUAGUGUUAAGGUUGUUGCUGGUUUUCCGGGCAAGUCCCGCGUUUUAAUUCUUCGCGAGCUGUGCAGUAAACAAUACGCAGCACGGUAGCAAACACACUCGUACACAUCCAGCGGUGGAAAAUAUGGUGAAAUUGUUAGCCUUAAUAGGCGUCCUGGCACUUGUGGCUUCGGCCGCGGCCACCGGGCGAACGAAGCGACAGUCGGAUGAACCCAAGAAGGAAGAGUCAUUCGAGAAAGAGCUUUGCAAGGACAAAGACGCCGGUGAAUGGUUCCGAUUAGUGGCCGGCGACGGCGACAACUGCCGUGACGUCAUCCAGUGCACAUCGUCGGGCCUGCAAGCCAUUCGAUGCCCGGCCGGUCUGUACUUUGACAUCGAGAAGCAGACGUGCGACUGGAAGGACGCCGUCAAGAACUGCAAGAACAAGAACCGCGAGCGAAAGAUCAAGCCCCUGCUGAUCACCGACGAACCGCUCUGCCAGGACGGAUUCCUGGCCUGCGGUGAUGGCAACUGUAUCGAGCGUGGUCUGUUCUGUAACGGCGAGAAGGACUGUACCGAUGGUUCGGACGAGAACUCGUGCGACAUCGAGAGCGAUCCAAACCGCGCACCGCCCUGCGACCCGGCCGUGUGCGUGCUGCCCGAUUGCUUCUGCUCCGAGGACGGUACCACCAUUCCUGGGGACCUGCCGUCCAAGGACGUCCCGAUGAUGAUCACCAUCACCUUCGACGAUGCCAUCAACAACAACAACAUCGACCUGUACAAGGAGAUCUUCAACGGCAAGCGCAAGAACCCGAACGGGUGCGACAUCAAGGCGACGUACUUCGUCUCCCACAAAUACACCAACUACUCGGCCGUGGCGGAAACCCACCGCAAGGGACACGAAAUCGCCGUGCACUCGAUCACCCACAACGAUGACGAACGCUUCUGGUCCAACGCCACCGUCGACGACUGGGCCAAGGAAAUGGCCGGUAUGCGUAUCAUCAUCGAAAAGUUCGCCAACCUGACAGACAACUCCGUGGUCGGAGUCCGUGCCCCAUACCUGCGUGUCGGUGGUAACAACCAGUUCACCAUGAUGGAAGAGCAAGCCUUCCUGUACGAUUCCACCAUCACUGCUCCGCUGUCCAACCCACCGCUAUGGCCAUACACCAUGUACUUCCGCAUGCCCCAUCGUUGCCACGGUAAUCUGCAGAGCUGCCCAACCCGUUCCCACGCCGUCUGGGAAAUGGUCAUGAAUGAACUGGAUCGCCGAGAGGACCCCAGCAUCGACGAAUACCUGCCCGGAUGCGCUAUGGUUGACUCUUGCUCCAACAUCCUGACCGGAGAUCAGUUCUACAACUUCCUGAAUCACAACUUUGAUCGUCACUACGAACAGAACCGCGCUCCACUGGGACUGUACUUCCACGCUGCCUGGUUGAAAAACAACCCCGAAUUCCUGGAUGCCUUCGUGUACUGGAUCGAUGAAGUUCUGUCCAACCACAACGAUGUGUACUUUGUCACCAUGACCCAAGUCAUCCAGUGGAUCCAGAACCCACGUACAGUCUCCGAAGUCAAGAACUUCGAACCAUGGAGGGAGAAAUGCUCCGUUGAAGGCAAACCAGCCUGUUGGGUGCCAAGCUCUUGCAAACUGACCUCCAAGGAAGUUCCCGGAGAAACCAUCAAUCUGCAAACUUGCGUGCGCUGCCCCAACAACUACCCAUGGUUGAACGAUCCAACUGGUGAUGGUUUCUUCUAAAUCCAGUCAUUGAACUUCCUUAGAAAAUUUCUAGCUCACCUUUUAUGAUCAUUCUGCUUUGAACUAUUAACUGUGUUUAAAAACAACAACAAGUAUAUACACUAUCGUCUAGCCCCUCGUAUGCCCCAAUACUAUGAAGAUCAACUCUUUUCUCUUGAAUGAAACAAAAAAAGACUUGAAGAACUGCAACCUCCUCGGACCAUCGGAAGGCGGUUCGAAACAUGUUCGAACAUAUGUCAAAUGAAAUGAAUGAAUCGCGCGAUAAACCAACAUCAUCAUCAUUGAAUGACAAAGCUAUGGCCAAUGGCGUGCCGUCGUGGGAAACCCCCUCUCAAAUCAAUCUCUCGGAACAGCAACAUCCAUACAUCUCCGGUAUCUCAUGACAAAGGAACGCCAACCAAACGAAACGAGAUUGAGAGAACAAAAACAUGCUGUGGAUAUUUUUGUGUCGUUUUAAUUUAAUUUAAUUAUGAAAAACAAAAAAGACAAAAACGCAAUCCUUAUGUAAUUGAAUGAAAUGAAAUGUUUAUAUUUUUUAAACGUAAUUAUGUUUUGAAACGACAUUUUAAUUUUAAUUACUGCCUUUUUCUCCUCCCAACUAUACAUUUUUAUUAAUUUGUGUAAAAUGUAAAUACUGUUCAACUGCGUAGUUUUAAGUGAUCUACUUGAUAAUACAAAUGGCGAAAGACAACAAUAAAACACUUUUUAUUAGCACCUUGACUAUGAAUGAUAGGGUAGUGAUUCAAAAUGUGUUUUUCAGACAGACAGCUGAACUACUAUCUACUGCCAACCAUUUUUUUAAAUGAUUUCUUCGGAACCAGGUUCUACAAAAAGUACGAACAAUCAUACAAAAAAACCCAAUCUCAAAACGAGAACUUUUGACGGUAUGAAGUUAGGAAAAAAAAACAAAAUUACUUAAAUGUUUUGAAAAAAGUUUGACGACAGAUGUGAACGUUUUGUCCUUUCCGAAAAGGACUUUUACUCAUCGUAAUAAGUAAUAAAUUAAAAUUGAAUAAAAAUUAA